CGUUUGACAACCGGAAGUGACAAGAGAAUAUCCCUUUCCUUUUUACUACUGGCUUGCUAAAUACAUGUUUAAAUUUUGAAUUUUUUAAUAAAAAGUUCAAUAUGCCGCGCGAAAUCAAGGAGGUCAAAGAUUUUUUGAACAAAGCACGCCGCACUGAUGCUCGUGCUGUCAAAAUAAAGAAGAACCCCACGAAUACCAAAUUCAAGAUUCGCUGCUCCCGUUUCCUCUACACACUUGUUGUGCAAGACAAAGAGAAGGCAGACAAAAUCAAGCAAUCCCUGCCACCAGGCUUGCAAGUCAAGGAAGUCAAGUAGACCAUUUCAAUGUGAAAACUUGUAUUGGUGUACAUGAUUGUAUUGGCCCCCUACCUUUAAACAUGUUCUUUAUGGAAUAAAACAUGGAUACAAUUGUGGUGUAGAAGAA